AUGUUCUUCAAUAUCUAUGGUGUAUAUGAGAACGAGGCGCAUACUAUACUGUACUUGGUUUGUGGAAAGCAGUGUAUUGAUGUUGAUGUAGAAAACGUAAGUGGUAUUAACCGUAAUGUUAGAGUACAUAUACCUAGAACGCAGACCAGCUACUUUUCGAUCAGUACUUUGAUCUCUUCUCGUGUUAAGGUGAAUAUCGAUGGCGUGUAUUAUCCAGCUUUCGCUGAUCGCAUUUCGGCAGAUGAGAAAUCAUUGGAGGCAACUUACCCUGGUGGCUGGCGUCCUCAGGAAUCUGUGAACUUAGCGAACUGUAGAGUACUACAGGCAAAAUCGUCACUUAAAAUACGUAAGGGCGAUGUUAUCGAGGCUCUUUUUGAGCAGGCGAAUGGCCAGAUAGGAUGGCAAAAGGCUUCUGUGCGAGAAAUUAAGGCAGAUUUCAUCGUAGUGGAUUCCAUCGAUGGUCCUCACCACACCGAUGUGGUAGCUGCGAACAAAUGUCGGCCUAGCGGCACUCACUAUUUACGAGUAGCGGCUGGAGAUUUGAGAACUAGUGUAAUCAGCGUUCCGGAAGACUUGAUCGAUCAUUUCUGUAGCGAGCAGAACCUGUUAGAAUUUCAAAAUACUGUGAAGGAUAUCUCUAUGGUUUUCGACAAGGACAAGCGUGAAAUAAAGUUGAAUUCGUUCAGUACAAUGUCGCUGAAAAAGGCCGCCGUUCUUAGUGAAAUGUUUUUCCGGGACGUGCGGACGAGGAAUAAUUUACGGGCACGAGCUGAAGAGGCGGAGCGUUUGCUUCAACAUGGAUUUCAUCGAAACGAAAGAGACUCACCUUUCGUCGAUGAAUUUGAAGUUGCUACUGAUCUAAUGGGUUUGGCGAUCGGAACCCAUGGUUCGAAUAUUCAAAGGGCUCGUAACGUUGAGGAUGUUGAUGAUAUUCAGGUGUUCGAGGGAGGUGGUGAUGGUCAGCCGUGUAUUAUUAAGAGGCUCUACGACAAUGUACCAUUACAGAUUUUUGCAAAGACGGCUGCAGCUGCGCAGAAAGCACGUGCUCAGCUUGAUUUCGGUAUUGAAUGUGUCCCUGUACCAAGGGUUCUUGUUGGCAAAUUGAUCGGCAAGAAUGGAAAAUGUAUACAGGAGAUUGUUGAUAAAUCUGGUGCAAUACGCGUGCAGAUAGGUGAAGAAGGUGACGAUAGCAUGGAUCCUGUACCUUUUGUAUUCACUGGAACCAGGCUUGAAUUUGUCGAUAUUUUCAACGAGAUGCAGAUUUUCUUAUUCCAUCGCAAUAAACUCCUGAUCGAUAUUGACGGAUAAGAAGCAACAUCGAUGGCAUCGUUCUUGGUAGAUUUUCAAAUCAACCACCUAAAAGAGGCCGAGUAUCUGCGCAAUAAUAUAGAAGAUAUGAUGCGACAAGCCUACAAUAACUCCGAGCGUUUUCAGAGAAGUGAUAACUAUCAACGAAAUGGAUAUGGUGAUCGUGGAGGAUUUGACCGACGUGGACGUCGCGGACGUGGACGAGGCGGUUAUCGUAACGGCGGUUCUCAAAAUGGAGGAUCUAGCAAUGGUACCAAUAACAAGCCAUGGAGAGGAAAUGAAAAUGUUCGCUAUAGUGACGAAGAAUGGUCGGGUGCAGAGGAAGGAAAACAUAGAGAGGAUUCGAUAUUAGAGAAAGACCAACGCCAUCAGAGUCGACAACGCGGUGGUAGUAGUGGUAGAGAACGAGGUAGUAGUACUGGACGAAGACGUGGUACGCUAUUUUCGAAAUUCCCAUUGAAUCAGAUGCGUGUGUGGGAAUAA